UAUAUAUGUACAUAUAGUAAACACUUAAAAUACCUUCUUGUAAAGACCCAAAAGGCCUAGAGCUUAGAUAUUUUGCAUAAGGCAUUGUCUGGUAGACCUCUAUUCAGAUUGUUCAAAUUAUAGCCCUGGGGUCAAAAUCAGCCCUGCCCCGGGGGUCAUUGGUUUUCCUUAUAUGUAUAUAGUAAAAACUUUAUAGUAAAAAAAUUUCUUCUAGCAAUUGACAAAUGCUAGAGGUUAGAUAUUUUGCAUGAAACAUUGUGAAGUGAACUUCUAGCAAGAUUGUUCAAAUUAUAGCCCUGGGGUCAAAAUUGCCCCUGCCCCGGGGGUCAUUGAUUUUCAAUAUAUACAUACAUGUAUAGUAAAAAAUCAAAAAAUCUUAUUGUCUGAAGGUACAAGGCUUAGAGCUUGAAUAUUUGUUAAAUGAUAUCAUCUAUAGGUACUCUACCAAAGUUGUUCAAAUUUUGCCUCUUGUGUCAAAAUUAGCCCCGCCCCGUGGGCCAUAGGUUUUCCUUAUAUGUAUAUAGUAAAAACUUAAAAAAUCAUCUUCUCUAAAUUUACAAAGGCUAGAGUUAAGAUAUUUUGCAUGAAACAUUAUGUAGUGAACCUCUAGCAAGAUUGUACACAUUAUAGCCCUGGGGUCAAAAUUGGCCCCACCCCCAGGAGUCAUUGAUUUUCACUAUGUACAUAUAGUAAAAAAAUAAAAAAUAUUUUUGUCUGAAGGUACAAGGCAUAGAGCUUUGAUGUUUGCUAUAUAAUAUCAUCUAUGGGUUCUCUACUAAAGUUGUUUUAAUUAUGCCCCUAGUGUUAAAAUUGGCCCUGCCCAGGGGCAGUGAUUCUCAUUAUGUUCACAUAGUAAAAACAGAAAAUAAAACAAAUCUUUUCUGAAUGGGAGAAAGCUACAGCUUAGAUAUUUGACUUGAAAUGUUGUUUGGUGGACCUGUAUCAAGAUUGUUUUGAAUUAAGCCCUUGGGUCCAAAAUUUUGCCUUGCCCAAGGGGACAGUGACCUACUUUCUUGUCCUUUGAUGUACAGCAAUGAAAUUUUGACCAUGUGCACAGUUUUAGUUGUAAAAUUGAACUUUAAUAUCAGGUGACCUAGAUUUUGAUGAUGUGACCUACUUUCUUGUCCUUUUAUGUACAGCUAUAAAAUUUGAACCAUGUGUACAGAUUAAGAUGUUAAGUGAACUUUGAUUUCAGCUGACCUAGAUUUUGACAAAGUGUCUUACUGUGUUGUCCUUUGAUGUAGUCAUGAAAUUUAGGCUGUGUGAAAUAUGACCAUCAAAUUCACUAGACUCAAGUGCAUUGAUAUAUUCCUACUCUGAUCUUUUAUUGAGUUAACAACAGAUUUAACCACUAAUCUGAUAAUAAGAAUUAGAUAGGUCAGGGAUCUAUGCAUUAUGACAAUCUUCAAAAUUGUAUAGAAACAAAAAAAAUCUGUUCCUACACUACUAUUUAGUGUUGUAUUAAUGCGGUGGCAUAGCAUUUUUCUCAAAUGCAAUCUUGUUUUUUGUCCAUCUUUUUACCUCAGUAAGCUCUAAUUCAUAAGAUAUAAUUUAUCUCUGCUAUGGUGAUAUCUGUGAUAACAAAAUAAUCUGUACGAAAAGUAAACUUUAUUGCAGUUGCACCAUGACCAUGGCGACAUCUUAUGAUAAGAUGAGCUGCAGAAUUUGAAUAAUGUUUUGUCCAAAGAAUGUGCCACAGAAAUAAAGACAGCAGAAAUAACAAGAGCUGUCGGUAGGACAGCAACACUCGACUAUUCUUAGUGCUUGAUUGUAAAAAAAAUGCUUGAUACAGUUACCUCCUCCUGUCUACAGGUUGGGGUCAUGAUGGUGAACAAGAGUGCAAAGUUUCAAAGCCAUAUGUCAAUGGACUUUGAAAAUAUUUGAACUAUUACAAAAACUUUAACGUAAAUUCUAAGUCGAAAAAGGGGCAUAAUUCUGUCAAAAUGCUUGAUACAGUUACCUCCUCCUGUUUACAGGUUGGGGUCAUGAUGGUGAACAAGUGUGUAAAGUUUCAAAGCCAUAUGUCAAUGGACUUUGAAAAUAUUUGAACUAUUACAAAAACUUUAACGUAAAUUCUGAGACGAAAAAGGGGCAUAAUUCUGUCAAAAUGCUUGAUAGAGUUACCUCCUCCUGUCUACAGGUUGGGGUCAUGAUGGUGAACAAGUGUGCAAAGUUUCAAAGCCAUAUGUCAAUGGACUUUGAAGAUAUUUGAACUAUUACAAAAACUUUAACAUAAGAGGUUACGCCGACGCCGACGCUCGGGUGACUACAAUAGCUCUACUUAUUCUUAUCGAAUAGUCGAGCUAAAAACAUGCCACAAUUGGGAAAAACAGCAGAAUUUGGAGCCCGCAGAAACCAGAACUAUCGCUGAAGGCGAUUCAUAUCCCGACCAAUGUCCUUGACAGAAGACGACUUGGAAAGGUUGUUAAGAGAAUAACUUUAGUGGCACAAAUACAUAUACAUAAAAAGAAAUUAUCUCUGGUGGGAAAAAAACAAAUUGUACAGGUAAUAGUAUAAAUAUAUAUUGUCAAAUCAUGUUCAAAACAGUUACAAAUAACCUUUCAUUUUCUCAUUGUACUAAAACAAACAAAAGUAGUGAAGUUAAGAAAAUACCAUAAUUAUGUCAAAAUGUAAUUAAGAGUGGAAAAACUUUGCAUACUGAGCUUACUUGUUACCCUUCCUAUAUCAUAUAAUUUCAAGUGAAUAUCUGUUCUAGUUUCAGAAACAUUUAAUUAUUAAUGGUUAUAUCAAAACAUUUUCUAAGUCUAAAAGGGGCAUAACUUAUGUGUCAUAAUUCAAUGGAAUUGUAUUUUUGUAAUCUGAGCUUGCUUGUAACCAUUCAUAUUAAUUUUAAGUUUCAAGUAAAUAUUUGUUCUGGUAUAAUAAAUUAUUGUUCAUAUUUGUCAUCAUUAUUUUCUUGAAAAAUAUGAGCUUUAUUAUUGGACAUGCUAUCUUGCUUAAACUUCUGCAUAAUGGGGUGCUUGGGAGCUUAUUAUAAGGAAGGGGUAUAUUUCAGAAGCAAUACAAAUUAAUUUACCAAAAUGUAUGUAACUUUAAAUUAAGACAUUUCUUUAAGUGUAGACAAAAGUAAUAAAGCAUAAAAUAUUAUCAAUAUGAUUUAAAUAGUUAUCUAUCAUAAUUAAAUUACAAAACAAAUAGUAAUUUUUUGGCAAUCAAGACAAAGGUUUUAUACAAAUUAAGAACACCUUAACAUUUUGAUGCCAAAAUUAAAUUCAUCUUAUUUUAAAUCUGAAACAAUAACACAGAGCUAUCUAUAGUGCCUUUCAACUUAAUCUUUAAUCUAAAACAGUGGAUGAAAGAAAAUCAAUGCACAAGUCUUAAUUAAAGUUGUAACAUUUUUGUGAAAAAGGAUAAUUACCAGGAGUAAUGAUUAAUUCACUACCGAGCUCUCCAUUGAACACUUUAACAAUACUACACAGUCAUGAGCACAGUCCUUCAACUAACAAAUAAUUCAACAAAACACUGUAAGCAAGAGAAAAAACAUCAAGACAGAGUUUCAAAAUAACCUGGACACAAGAAUCAACUGGAAAGUCAGGUAAAAUUAAUUUGUAACAAGUAUGGGAGCAGGUAUACAAUCAACAGCAAGACAGAGUAAUAAAAGCAGAAACAAGCCUCUUGUUGUUGUAGCCAUAGAUUUUGGAACAGUCCAUUCCGGGUUUGCAUAUUCCUAUAAGGGAAAUGAAAACAACAUAAAGUCAGCAGAACAUGGAGGAAUGCUGCAGGAAGAUAGAGUACCUACAAUAUUGUUAUUGAAUCCAGACAAAACAUUCCAUUCAUUUGGAUACAAAGCACAGACUGAUUUUCAUGAGCUUUCUAAUCGUGACAGAUCCAAAUUUUACUACUUUGAAAACUUUAAAAUGAAAAUAUAUCAAGAAAGUAAAUUUGAAAGAAAAAUGGUAGUUAAAGAUAUUUCUGGUAAACCACUUGAAGCUAUGACAGUUUUUUCAAUAGCAAUAAAACAUCUAAAAGAUGAAGCAUCACAAAUAGUUUGUCAAUCAAUACUUCAACUGAAAGAAACUGACAUUCAUUGGAUGAUAACAAUUCCAGCAAUUUCGUCUGACUCGGCAAGUCAGUUUAUGAGAGAAGCUUCAACAAAAGCAGGAAUUCCAGAGACACAUCUUCGACUUGUCCUUGAGCCUGAAGCAGCAGCUUUAUACAGUACACCACGAAUAAUGACAGAAGCAAUACCGUGUGGGUAUAUGUACAUACUUGCUGAUUUAGGUGGAGGGACAACAGACAUAUGUGCUCAUAAAAUAAUAGAUGGUGGUAAAAUACAAGAGAUAUACCGAACAACAGGAGAAACCUCUGGUGGCAGUGAUGUUGAUGAUUGUUUUAUUAACAUGAUUAAAACUUUAAUAGGAGAAGAGGUUUGGGAUGAAUUCUCAACUACCCACCCAUCAGCAUGUGUAAGCCUUGUUAAUGAGUUUAGAUUGAAGAAAAAAGAGUUUAAAUCACAAACAAAUAAUAUACAAUUGAGAAUGGAAAAUGCUUCGGUGCUUCUCAUAAGAGGGAGAAAAAAGAACUUGAAUCAUAUAGUUAAAAAGUCAAAAUAUGCCAGUAAACUUGAGUAUAAUUAUAUUGAAGAUAGACUUACACUCAACAGAGAGAUCCUGGAAGAAUUAUUCAAGCCAUCAGUUGAUAAAAUCAUCAGCAAGUUGGUUGAAGUACUAGACAAAUGUGAUGACAAUGAAAUGAAAACAAUUAUUUUAGUUGGAGGAUACAGUGAAUCUCCCUAUGUAAGGGAGAGAAUUCAAUCAUCAUUCUGUAACAUGAGAGUUAUCCUUGUAGAUGAUGCUAGACUGGCUGUGUUAAAUGGGGCAGUGAUGAUGGGCUGGAAACCUAAAAACAUACAACGAAGGUCCAGAUACACUUAUGGAUUUGCGUUUCAAUAUCCAUUCAGAGAGGGAAAAGAUCCAGAAAAACUUAGGAUUAAUAUUGAUGGGGACAAUUAUUGUGACUUGAUAUUUCGGAAGAUGAUAGAAAAAGGUCAGAUAGUGGAGUAUGGACAGACAUUUAUAUCUGGAGGGUAUGAAACAGCCACUACAGUAGAAGAAAAACGUGAAGAGCUAUAUGUACAUCUAUAUAGAUCUACCCGUGAAGAUCCUCAUUACUGUAUAGAGGAGGAGGACUGUAGCUUAGUAGGAACAAUAAGAAUUAUACCACCAUCAGGGGGAUGGCCAGAUGAGUGGGAACAUGAUCUACACCUUAUUGUUGGUGAGACUGAGUUAACUGUGAAGGAUUUGAAUCCUAAAACAGGACAAGAAUAUGAAGCACAUAUGGAUUUUCUGUAAUUAAAAACAGAAGGGACCUAAAGAUAGAGAUUGAUAAACAAUUGUUUAUUACUUUCAUUUCUUAAAAUGGUCAUAUCUUUCACAGGAAAACAGUAGAAGUGAUGAAGUAACUAAAUUAUCUCUUAAAUGACCAUUUUAACAUAACAAGAUAGUGAUGUUGAAAUGGAUAUUGCAAAUGAAUUUAUUUUUUUCUCACAAGUACAGUGUUAUAUUUUUAUUACAGUGUUAUAUUUUUACUUGUAAAGUGUUAUGGAAGUAAAGAACAAUACAAUAAAUUUACCUCAGACACAGUUAUUGUUUUCUUUAAUACUUCAUUGUGAUAUUUCAGUUAUCUACCAAGAAACAAGCCAUACAAGACUUGCUAAUGUAAAGAAGAGUUAAAUGAGCAGAUUUUUUUCUUUCCAAACUUUCCUCCCUAGAGAAUGAGAUUGCCCUAAAUAAGUACAGAAAAGAAGUGUAAUUGUAAUUUACCAUUUUAUUGUAUCUUCAAAAAAGAAAUUAUUUACACACAAACUCUUAGUCAGUCAUGGCUAGUCUCUGGCAAAAGAGGACAAAAAUUUGAGUGGUAAUAUUAGACAACAGGUCAGGGCAAAUUACAGAAUGGUAUAUAAUAAAGACCAGGGAGGAGGGUGGUGUUGCAGAAUUUUGGUUC